AAUAGGAAAAGAGAGGCAGUUUGUACUCAUGAAUAUACCACCGCUUGAUCGUGCACCAAUGUGGUAUCACACAGUAAAUGAACAAUUGAUCAAGUCUCGUGUAAAAAGUGAGUUAGUCAUAUCAAAAGAGGCUCCUUCUAUUUCCUAGUUCUCAUGUCUUUAUAUAAAUAUAAUAGACUAUAAUAAACAGUUAACAAAGAUGAUACAAUCGUUAAGAAGAGAACAUUUAAACAAACAUCUCACAUUUAUGGAAUAUGAUGCUUGGACCUUUUUUAGCCAAUUAUUAGAUAAUGCAAGUCAAUUUGGAAUCACUGACAUUGAUACAUAUUGUUCUGAUUGGUCUCAUCCUAUUGAAAAUAACUGUAAGCCAAUUGCCGAGUAUUUCUGGUUGAAUGAUCUUCAUCCUACGUUUCGAGUCCAUGAGCUUUUGGCCAAAGAUAUUCAAAAAUACCUUGUUCAUGCUUAAUAAUACAACAACAUGGUUUUUAUUACUGCUGUCUUCAGCAUCAUUGCUGAAACUAAAAUAAUAAACAAAAAU